GUUCACUCAAAACUACAACGUUCACCAAGUGCCCAUGAAGUAACAUAGUAUAAUAUAAUAUACUGUAUCGUAUUAUACGCCUGUUGUUGUGCGAGCGCAGGGAUUAGCAAUAUUGCAAAGAAAAUUGCAUGAUUUAUUUAUACAUACAAUAAAAAGCAAGAGACAAGAGAAGUAAAAACAGCCCUUUGUAAAGAGAAGAAUGCUUACGACGCACAUGAGAAUGAACGCAAUACUAAACGCCAAAAAUGUUUUUCAGCUUUUAAAGGAACAAGCUCAAAAAUCAGUUCUUUUAGAUGCCACCUGGUAUUUGCCCACGGAAUCCAAGGACGGAAGACAGGAGUUCUCUCAAAAUCGACUACCAGGAGCUCAAUAUUUUGGGAUUGAUGAAGCCAAAGACCAUCGUAAUGCUCUACCUCACAUGCUUCCUCCAGCUGAAGAGUUUGCUACGUAUGUUGGAAAUCUCGGGAUCGAUCGAAACACAAAUGUAAUCGUUUAUGACAGAAAAGGAUUUUUCUCAUCUCCACGUGUUUAUUGGACCUUUAAAGUUUUUGGCCAUAAGAAUGUAUUUUUGUUUCCAAAUGCAUUUGCAGAAUGGAAGGCUGCUGGUCAUGAAUUAGAAACAGAUGAUCCUUCUACCCCAGCUAAAGUCAAUUAUGGAGAUGCUUUACUCAACAAAAAUUUGGUUGCCUCAUUUGAAGAUAUUUCUCAGGUGUUGAAAGAUCCUUCAAGUAGCAACACUCGCAUCAUUGACGCUCGCCCUCAACCCAGAUUCACCGGUGCUGCAGCUGAAAUCCGACCUGGCAUUGCCAGUGGACAUAUCCCAACAUCUAUUAACAUUCCCUUCACUGAUCUUGUAAAACCCGGAAUCACCGAGCCCAAGCCAGUAGAGGAACUUGAAAAGAUAUUUGCAGAGCAUGGCCUCCAUGACAAAUCUACUCCAAUUAUCACCUCAUGUGGUUCAGGCGUAACCGCCUCUGUGCUCUUCGUUGCUCUUGAGUUGUGUGGGUUUACUGAUGUCCGUGUUUAUGAUGAAUCUUGGACUGGAUACGGUCAACGCGCCUUGAAAGAUUCUUCUUUAUUAGCUACCGGCCCCUAGAUAAGCAAAUACCGAGCUUUCAGGUUAUUCCAAAGUAUACAAUUCUGAUGAUUUUUCCAGACAUUUCCUCUUAUUAUAAAAGCGUACUAUUCAGAUCAUGUGAUGAUUAAAAUUUCAAAAGGCAAAGUAUUAUACUUUUCUUCGUUACAUCUUGUGAACAAGUACGUUUCCAUUGAAACCAUAGUAACUCGCUUCAUGUGCAGAUAAAGAAAGCAGUGAUUUUUUAGUAAAAGUAAUGUUUAUUAUUAACGUUAGUAGAGACUAAUCAAACC